AUGACGACAAGUACAGAGAGCAAGCAAUGGCCCGUCAAGCACUAUACACCUCGCCACACUUCUUGGCCAUAUAAUCCAUCAGACUUUACUCGCCAGGACUCUUCUGUCGACCUAAACUUCUACAGCCAACCGCGUUUCGUCACACAUAUCGAUGAUGCAGCCAUAGUAAGUCUACGAGAGUACUACGAUACCGUACUUCCGCGCAAAGGCAAGGUCCUCGACUUCUGCAGUAGCUGGGUCUCGCACUACCCACCUGCCGUUGAACAAGCCGCCACCAAUGGCCAACUACAAAUCACCGGCAUGGGCAUGAAUAAGCCCGAACUCGACGCCAACAAGAUGCUGAACAACGGCCGAAUCCUCGUGGAUCUAAACGAGCAUCCAGAAAUCGCCACAGCACUGGUCGAUGCCAAAGUCCUUGCCAGCCCCGACGCAGACGACAGCGAGAAACUUGAUGCCUCGACGAACGUAGUAAGCACAGAUUACCUUACCCAACCUGUCGCAGUGCUCAAGAGCCUCCUCGCAGCCACUAAGAUUGGAGGUACUGUGCAUUUGACCAUCAGCAAUCGCUGCUUCCCAACCAAAGCCAUGAGUCGAUGGCUGCGCGUAGACGAAGAAGAGCGAUUGCAAAUGAUAGGAGAUUACUUGCACUUCGCCGGCUGGCAAGGCAUUGAGAUUGUGGAAUUAAGUAAUGGAAGGCCGGAAGAAAGCGGGCAGGACGAGGCGGGUGGUGGGCUGCAGAGUUUCAUGAAGAUGAUGGGGAUGGGUCAUCGGGACCCGCUGUGGGUCGUCAGGGCGGUGAAGAAGUGA